AUGUCUACUCGCAAUAUAGCUCCCGAAGGCACUCAUAAGAUAGGCGAGGUUAAGGACUGGACUACAAAGCAGGAUGAACAGGUGGCAGAGCAGGAACUGCACGAACUUGAUGAGGUCCAAAAGGGUAAGAUUGCUUUGGCCGUACGACAGGUCUACGCCCUUGCACCAAACUCAUACAAACAGAAGAGCAUCAGGAAGCAGGUAAAGGCAAUUUUGCAGAAGAAACCAGUUACUCAUGGGCUUCUGGAAGAUGUAUUCACCAAGCCUGAGCAAUACUUAAGCCUCACGUCGGCUAGGGAUGUGCAUAUCAGGCGCACAAUCAACUCACACUCGUCGAACAUGCGUGUGAAUAUCUGGAAGUCAAUCGACAAGAACGAGAACUUGAUGCACUGGGUCAUGCAUUAG